AUUCACUCUCUGCAUGCCGCCAAUGCCCCUCCCGUCGCCUUGGAUGUUGGACCCAAGCACUUGCUUGAGCUGUUACAGGGAUUCAGGAUUCACACAGGUUCACGUUUAAUUUUAAUUUCCGUAGACCCUCCUUCCGGUCGCAGAUAUGUCUGGUCCACGAGUCUCCAAAAGCUGUGGCAACUGCCGAGCCGUCAAACGACGCUGCGACAAACAGCGCCCCCAAUGCGGGCAAUGCAUUCGACUGCGGGAAGAAUGUCCCGGCUACCGAGAUCAAUGGGACCUGGUCUUUCGCGAUCAGACCAACCAAACCAUCCAGCGGUCGCAGUGUCAGGCAGCCUCGACGACCAUCACACACAGCCCCCUGUCGCCCCCACCCCCCCAGCCCUCACUGUGUCCGAGCAUGGACCAGGUGGGCGUCAACGCCUUCCUGCAUCAUUUUGUCACUGGCGACCACAGCCCCUCGCGUGGAUACCUCAACUAUAUCCCGGCCACUCUGGGCACCAAUGACGACCAGCCCACCCUGGUCGCCAGCCUGGCCGCGGUCGGCCUGGUGACGCUGGCGAACUCCCAUCGUCAGCCGGAGCUGGUGCGCCAAGCGCGCAUCAAGUACGCGGAGGCCAUCCGGAGCGUCAACGCUGCCCUGGCCUCGCCCGUGGAGUCAGUUAAAGACAGCACGCUGAUGGCCGUUAUCUCCCUGGGCGUGUUCGAGCACUUCUCGGGCUUUGACGCCUGGGUGCGUCACGUGCAGGGGGCGGCCGCGCUGACCGUGCUCCGCGGCAAGGGCCAAUUCGCGCGCGGCAACCCGACCGCCCUCCUCCUCUUCACGCAGGUCCGCACCGACAUCAUAGCCGCCUGCACCCGCACCAACCAACCGUUCCCGGCGGAUAUGCGUGCCCUCCAGGACGAGGCCGCCAAGCACGUCGGCGCUCCCAACGCCAUCUGGGACAUAGGGGUGCUGGCUACCCGGUGUGUGGACCUGCUCUGGCAGGUGAUGGAAAGCACAGGCACAACUCAAUUACCCGAUCUUCUCGACGCUGCGCUGGUAUUGGAGCGGGAUUUUGAACUCGCGAUGGCGACCCUCGCCGUUCAAGAGCCGUUUUACACCACCACCGCGGAAGAAGCGGGAUGGGUCGGCGGAAAUCCUGACGCGAUCUACAACGGUCGCGUCGACUUCUACCUCACCCCGUGGGCGCUUCGAGCCUGGAACAACGCGCGCAGCAUCCAAAUGAUUGUCUGCGAGAUUAUAUGCUAUCUUCUGAAGAAGAUGCUCACGCUGAACCCCGCCGCCCCAGCUGCGCAACUUCGCUUGCGCCGUCAGCAACUGCACGAGACUGUCGGAAUCCUCUCCCGCGUGGGCGAGGAUAUUCUGGCCACGGUGCCGCAGGCGCUGGGAAUCGUGGCCCCGCCCUCUUACCCAUCUCAACCCUAUGCAGGGGAUGUUAGCCCGAGAGCCAGCGUGUCGGGUGCAUACAUUCUGAUUUGGUGUCUUUACAUGGUCGGGAAAUCACCCGUCACCGCAGAGCCGGCCCGUAAGUGGAUCAUUCGACGCUUUCGGGAGAUUUUCCAGGGGGCGGGGAUGGAGAUGGCGCUGCCACUUCUUGAGGACAUGGUUAGGAUAGAUCAGUCGAAAGAGUAAGGCGGCUAGUGGCUGGUGCCACCUCUUUCCAGCAAGUAAUAUAUCC